AUGGGGGCGACUGAAUCUACGCGGCCGGAGGAUAGCAGCAAGAGCGAGGACGGGGGAACUGUGGCGAAUGAGGAAAGUGCGAACGAUGUCCAGGAUGGCGAGAGUACUGAUGCGAAGUUACUCCAAAAGAAUGGACAGAUCUCCGGACUGAGUGAAAAAGCAGAGGACCAGACUGAGGAGGUCAAUGUCCUGUGUGAAGACGGAGUCGUUGCAGAGGGAAAAAUACACAAGCAGGUCAAGCAACCCAUGAAACAACCCAAGGAGGAACCUAAGGAGGUAGUCAUGGAAGAAGUCAAGGAAGAACCCAAGACAGAACCCAAGGAAGAAGUCAAUGAGGAACCCAAGGACGAAGUCAAGGAGGAAGUAAUCCCUACUGAAGAGACAGACACACCAGCACCAACCAUUCCGGAUGUUGAAGAAGAAAUUAUAUCCCCGAUUAAGAAGUUUUUCACCACGGGAAUCUUCGCUGUUAUCUCAAAUGAAGCUGAACUUCUUAGCUCACAAGAGAAAGCUAAAAACCAAGGAAGUCCACUCAGGAAGCUCUUAUAUGGGGCUGGUUUGAAGAAGCUUAAUAGGAAGCGGAGAGGUAAGAAAUCAGAUGAGUUGACCAGGUCUGGUGAGCAUGUUACUGAGGAUUUACUGUCAUCCACAGAGUCAGAGGAGUACCAGAGAGGAGAACAUCCUGCCUCUUCAACAGAAGAAUUAGCAGCAGAACAGGUAAAAAUGUCUGCUCCGUUAGGGUCAAGCCACGAAUCAGAUAGUGAUGUAACCUCUGACGGUGAAAGGAAAAAGGAUGGCACCUGGAUUUCUUUCAAAAAGCUAAUGACGCCCACAAGACGUCCCAAAAGAUCUUCUGAGAGUGAGGAUGAGUUAGCACUUGUAGGCUCACAUGAGGAGCCAAAGCAAUGUGAAGGAGAGCAGGUACUAGAACGUUUCACAGAAGAGACCAAAAAGAAAGUAGAAAUAUCUGUUUCUUGGGAGGCCCUCCUAUGUGGAUCUGCAAAGAGGAGGGGAAGAAAAACAUCUGACUCAGAGGAGGAAGCACUCAUGAAUGAAGGUGAAACACUAAGUGAACCUGGAAACACUGCAGAGUCUCCACUGGACAGUUCUCAGGAGGGAGGUUAUGAACAUUUGACCUCUUCCCCUGAGCAAGCUGUAAGUCCCUUAGAGAGUGAAGGGGGGUCAACAUGGAAAUCCCUUAAAAAGCUGGUCACCUCAAAUAGGAAGGCAAAAACCGAGGAGGCCAGCAAAGUUAGCUCACCAGAGCAGAUGGCAUCUGACAGCGAAAUCACCAAAGAGGAGUCUUCAUUUUCUCUAAAGAAACUCAUCCCUGGACGCAAAAAGCGAAAGAAUGGAGGAAAGCAGGAACCAAUAUCUUCUGACGAGGCAGAUAAAGGUGUUGGAUCGGAUGAUGAGGAGGACUCUGAAACACCAGCAGUGGUCCCCAUGUCCGAGUUUGAUGCAGAAGAGCUAGGAGAGAAACACAGAAUAUUAACUGAGGCUGUUAUAGAAACUCCAUUACACAUUACAGAAGAAAUAACCCAGCCAGAUGUCUCUAGGCUGGUCACCGAAUCGGCCAUAUCCAAAGACACCCUGCCCACUGAAGCAGAGAAGGCUCAAGCCAAAGAUACUGUGGAGCAGUUGGCCCCAUCAACAUCCCCCACUGCUACGAAAGACUUUGAGGAUCUUACGGAAUUCAUGAGUAAACAUCAGCAACUCAGUGAUAUACCCGAGGAAGGCGUAAUAGAGGAGACCAUUGCCACUCAAGUGUCCACUGCUGAAGAAGCCACUCGAGACGAUACCAUAGCCGAGGACCUAAUCGAGUUGACAUCUGAAGCAGUCACUGCCCCAGAACCUCUAGAUGAUGAAUCAACAGAAAUGGUUUCAGCAGUGUCACAGCUGACAGAGGAGUCUCCCAAAACAUCAGGCAACACAACGCCUGUGCCUGCAGAAUACGAGUUGAAAGACACAGAGGUAAUUCUGCAUGAGGCGGUUGAAAUCAUUAACAGAACCCCAACCCUCUCAUCGGUAAUUACAAAAGACCCGCACUUGGAAGCAGUUACCGUUUCAGUUUCUCCACAAAUAUUACAGACACCAAAAGAGACGGAAGCAACAGUUUUGACAGCUCAUGAAAAAUCCGACGCAGUUGUAAUCUGCACAGGUGAAGAGUCGCAACAAAUAGAUGCUGUUGAUGAAAGCCCAGUGACUCAUGUGGUGGAGUGUCCAUUAGAAGUCAGCAAGGUAGUACCCACAGAAUGA